AUGAAGCUUAUUCUCCCGCUUGUGCUCCUCGCGCCCGCCGCCGUGUCCGCGGGCCCCAUUGCCUACGGCAUCUGCCAGACCGGAUGUAACGCCGUUGCCGUGGCGUGCUACGCCGCCGCCGGUGCCACCUUUGGCACGGUCAUCGCGGCCGCGGCUGCCCCAGCCGCCAUUAUCGCAUGCAACUCCGCCCUUGGGACAUGCUCGGCUGCUUGUGCUACCGUCACCCUCCUGGCACCUACCCCUUGA